CGGAUCCCGGCCCGGCGCUUUCCGGAGAAUCCCCGCAUUUCCGAACCCCUGAAUUCCCAAAGCCUCCGAUUUCUGAACCCCCGCAUUUCCGAACCCCCGGAUUCCUGAACCCCUGGAUUUCUGAAUAAUGGAUUCCUGAACUCCCGGAUUUCCGAAUCCUCGGAUUGCUGAUUUUCUGAACCCCCGGAUUUCCAAAUUCCCGGAUUUCCGAACCCCCGGAUUCCUGAAUUCCCGAACCCCGGAAUUUCCUGAAUUCCCAGAUUUCCGCAUUUCCAAGGAGUGUCCGGGAUCCCGAGCGGACUCCGAGCCCAUCCCGGCCCCGGGGCCGCUUCGGAGCCGCCGCUUUUCCCCAAUUUCGGGUUCGCUUUUCCCGAAUUUCGCCUUUUCGUUUCCCGAAUUUCGUCUUUUCCCGAAUUUCGCCGUUUCCUCUCCCGAAUUUCGCCGUUUCCCGUGGUUUUCCCGGCCCUGCCAUGGCUUUGCCAGCGCUGCGCUGCCCCCGGGCCGGAGCCGCCGCUGGAUUCCCCAGGCCCUCCUGAGGCGCCAUGGCCACCAAGGUGCCCAUCUACCUGAAGCGCGGCAGCCGCAAGGGCAAGAAGGAGAAGCUGCGGGACCUCCUCUCGUCGGACAUGAUCAGCCCCCCCCUGGGCGACUUCCGCCACACCAUCCACGUGGGCAGCGGCGGCCGCGCCGACACCUUCGGGGACAUCUCCUUCCUGCAGGGCAAGCUGCACCUGCUGCCGUGCGGGGACGGCGACGCCGCCGAGGGGACGCCGCCGGCGCCCUUCGAGUUCUCGCGUGCUGCCACCAUGGCGGGCGGGCAGGCGGGCGCCGAGGCGCCGUCGCCGCUGCUCAAAAACGCCAUCUCGCUGCCCGUGCUCGGCGCCGCCCAGGCCCUCACCCUGCCCCUGCCCGCAGCGCCGGCGCCGCCCAAACCGCCCCGGCUGCACCUGGACGAGGCCGCGGCACCGUCGCCAUCGUCACCGCCAUCAUCAUCAUCGUCACCGCCGCCAUCGUCGGUGUCACCGUCGCGUCCCCGCGCGGCCGCCAACGGCGACGCCGAGCCCCUGCUGUCGCACGCCGGCUCGCUGCUGUCCCUGCACGUGGACCUGGGCCCGUCCAUCCUGGACGAUGUGCUGCAGGUCAUGGACCGGCACCAGGCCGAGCGCGGCGCCGCCGCCCGCGCCCAGAUCCUGACGUGAGCCGGGAACGCGCACGGUGAGGGUUCAGCCUCGGGGGAGAAGCAGAGAGACCCUGGAGCUCUGCUCAGCGCCCUCUCCUGACCAGGGAACGCGGCCGUCGGACCCAAAGUCAUCCCCCAAACUUUUGGGGUGAAUUCCCAAAGAUUCGGGCCAGGAGGAUUCGAUUCUGACGCUUUUGGGGUGAAUUCCCAGAGAUUCCGGCCAGGAUUCAAUUCCAUCAGACCCAAAGUAAUCCCCCAAACUUUUGGGGUGAAUUCCCAGGGAUUCGGGCCAGGAGGACUCGGGGGCACGGUGGGGUUUGCUCUGAACCCCCUGGGCUGCCUGAACCUCACCCUCUGCUCCGGGAAAUCCUCGGGAGCCCCACGGAUGGGGCCGGGAUCCCCGAGGGGUUCCUGAUUCUGGAACUCAAUCCAUGGAGGAGCCAAACCCCCGAACUGGGCGAACUGGGAAUCCUCGGGGAGAAGCAAAACCAGCCAGGAACCCCCCGUGGGCUGCAGGCGGAUCCUGGAAUGGGGGAUCCAUCCCGGAUUGUGUGGGAUGCUGGGGUGAUCCCAGCUGGAUUUUGGGCAAUAUCCCAAUUUAAGGACAAAACCCCCAGGAACCCCCCGUGGGCUGCAGGUGGAUCCUGGAGUGGGGGAUCCAUCCCGGAUUGUGUGGGAUGCUGGGGUGAUUCCCGCUGGAUUUUGGGCAAUAUCCCAAUUUAAGGACAAAACCCCCAGGAACCCCCCGUGGGCUGCAGGGGGAUGCUGGAAUGGGGGAUCCAUCCCGGAUUGUGUGGGAGCUGGGGUGAUUCCCGCUGGAUUUUGGGCAAUAUCCCAAUUUAAGGACAAACCCCCCCUGGAAUGGCUGCUGGAGCCCCACGGGACAGGGGGGCACCGCCUUGGCCGGGCUGCUGCCCCCCAUCCCCUCCUUUCACCCAUUUCGGGCGCUUUGAGCCCAAAACCCGGCCGGGAUCCGCCCGGGGCCCCUCUGACCCCGCUGGUGCUGCUCCUCAUUGCCUGGCCCGUCUGAUUGAGAUUAUCUGCCUAAUGACUCAUUAGAUUCUCGUUAACGAACCCUUGUCCCGCCUCUUCCUUCCCCUCCCCCCCUGCGCCGCCAAACCCGAGGCACUUUGGGUGCAAACGCCCAGAAUUUGGGGAUAAACCCAUCCAAAAAGGAACAAACUGAGGUUAAUUAAGCUCAAUCAGGUUUAAUUGCUAUUUAGUCCAACUCCUCCCUGCCCUAAACUCUUUUCUCCCCACACCCUCUGUGCACGUUUUAUUUAUUUUGGGGAUUUUUCCUCCCCAAAGCAAUUCCAGCUGUUUCAGAACCUCCUCGUUUGUGGUUAAUGAACCCCAGGGAUGUUUGUGAUUAAUUAAGCAGAGAUUGGGAUGGGGACGUGGCUCUGAGUCCCCUCCUGAGGGAAAGGGCCCAGAACGGCUCCUUUUGGGCCCAGAACGGCUCCUUUUGGGCUCUCUGUGCUUUGGGGCUUUUCCAGCACGGCUGGGUCGGGACAGCGGGGAUGGAUUUGGUUUUUUUCCCAGGAUUUCACCCCAAUUUUCCUGGGUUCCACCUUAAUCAGUGAUUUAAAGCUGGAGCUGUUUGUGCCCCACCUCGGCGCAGGAAUUGCGAAAUCGGCGCUGCCGGAGAUGUUUCGAAAUAACCAAAAUCUGCCAAAAUCCCCUUUUUUUUCCUGUUUUGUCCCUUUUCUCACCCAGAUUUUUCCCUUCCACAACUCAGGGCUGAAUUUUGGGGUGUUCCAGCUUUAAUUUGGGACCUUGUUCACCCCUUUUUCUUCCCCCACUCAUCCCUCUCUGCUCCAGUCCUGGAAAAGCUCCUUUAAUUUGCUAAAUUUGGGGCUUUUUACCAUUAAAAAAAAGUUGAUUUUGCUUUUCUCACCCCUCUCCUCCUUCCUCACUUCCCUGCUAAAAACCCCUGAAAUUAUCCCCAAAAUUAUUGUUAUUAUCCCUGAAAUUACCCCAAAUAUCACUUUAUCCCUGAAUUAUUUUCUCCACUAUCUCAUCUGCAAAAACACCAAAUUCCCUAAUUAAUUUUCAGUUAACGAAUAAAUCAUUUGGGAUCCCUUUCCGCAGGACUGGAGCCUCCUUCACUUCUCCCCUAAUUAACCCCUCCCCAAAUUAAUGAUUUAUUCCAGCCACCGUUGCCAAACUCGCUGAUUUACUCUCAAUUCCAAGAAUUUGAGUCUCAAUUCCAAGAAUUUGAGUCAUCCAUGACUCAGCGCCCGCUGCCCCUCCCUUUCUGGGGAGUUUAUGGCGGAAUCAAUCGAGACAGGGAUCGUUAAUUCAUUAAUUAACUUCCUCGUUUAUCCCGGGAUUUCCGGGCAGGGGAUUAACGCCGCCCACGCCGGGAUUACCGGCAGGAGGAGGAGGAGGAGGAGGAGGAGGGAGGAAGGUUUGACCUUGGGGGAAAGAAAAGGCAAAUUCUCAACAAAAAGGAAAAAAAACACAGGUGGGAUGUGGAAGUAAGGAGGAAAAAUAGAGAGGAAUUCACCUGGAAAUGAGGAACUCACCUGGAAAUGAGGAACUCACCUGGAAGUGAAGAAUUCACCUGGAAAUGCAGAAUUCACCUGGAAGUUGACAUCAAACCACGCUCUCCGUGGGGUCUGUGGGUGACCCCUGUCCUGAGGGAUCAAUUUGGGGAUAUUUGGUUAAUUCAGGUUUGAUAAAAAGGGAGAAAAGCUCAAAAAUGGGGUCUGUGGGUGAUCUCUGCCCUGGAGAAUGAAUCUGGGGGAAUUGGGUUAAUUCAGGUUUGAUAAAAAGGGAAAAGAGCUCAAAAAUGGGAAUUUUUGGCAGGAAGAGACAUAAGGAAUCUGGGGAGAUUUGGGAUCUGAGGGAUUCAUCCUCACUUAUCCCUAAUUUCACUCUUUCCUGGCCUUCAUUUAUCCCCCAUCCCGAAUUUAUCCCUCAUUUCCAUCCCAACCUUCACCUCCCUUUCCCUUUUAUCCCCCAAACCUUCUCCAUCCCUUCCUUUCCCCAUUUCCCUUUCCAUUCUGCAUCUUCUCACUCCUCUCCAUGGAAAGGUUCUGAUUGAAAAAGACCUUUGGGAUCAUCGAAUCCAACCUGGUCACCCGGAACAGUCCCCAUGUGCCACAUCCAGGCUUUUUUUGGGAUAAUUCCAGGACAGCAAUUCCACAUCUCAGGGUGGGACAACCCUUUUCAGGAAUUUUCCUCAAUAAAUCUUCCCUGAUCCAA